AUGACGGAUGUACAGAAACUUCGUAUCUGUUUAGUCUGGACCAUUUUGGACUGGCAGAGAGAGAUCUCACAUGCUCUUUUAUCGUCAGACGGCAGGUGUCCGGUGUCAAAACAGCCUCCAAGGAGACACGGCAAACACCAACGCUGCAGAAGCAACGGCGCUGGCGUCAGCGGCCGCGUCAGUCCCGGCAUUCCGAACGGGACAGUCCACUGCCAUUGCCCGAAAUGCUACACCGUCCCUGUCCGAAAGAGGGUCCGCCUGCGCACGUCGACCGUCACCUUGCUGAGUCUGCCCGAGGAGGUCCUCCUUUGCGUGCUUCAGUGUCUGUCCGCCGAGGACCUGCUGUCCGUCAGGGCUGUCCAUUCUCAGCUGCGUGACAUUGUUGACCACCACGCCAGUGUUUGGGCCCGGGCCAGCUUCAGAGACGUUUGGCCAUCUCCUGAAAAUUUAUGGUUGUUUGAAAGAGCUGCAGAAAAAGGGAAUUUCGAAGCGGCCGUCAAGUUAGGGAUUGCAUAUUUGUACAACGAAGGACCGCUGCUGAGCGACGAGGGCCGAGCGGACGUGUGCGGACGGAAAGCCUCGCACUUCUUCGGACUCGCCGAGAGCCUGCGCUCGCCCGUCGCCGACCCCUUCAGUUGGCUGUUCAUCCGGCCGCCGUGGUCACCCACAGGCAGCUGCUGCAAGGCGGUCGUCUUUGAACACCUCAAGGCCGAGUGCGAGCGUGACAAGGAAAAGAAGGGCCCCUUGUUGCACUGCUUGGCUAGAGUAUUACAGCUAUUUGAAGAGGAUGACAAACACGCGGAGGCCAUAUCCAUGUUGGAAGAGUCAUCGCGUUGCGGUUGUUUGCAGAGCUCCUUCCUUUUAUGGCAGCACAAACGCAAAGCUGCUAUGUCGGAUCCAGGCAGGUACCUCCAGUAUGUUCGAACCCUGAGAGACUACGCCACAAGGGGGUGCUGGGAAGCGCAGCUGUCCCUAGCCAAAGUUUGCACCAGUAGCAACCCUCUCGGUUUGGACGCCAAAGCUUGCUCGGACAUAGUGUCGCAGCUUUUUGGCAGCUCCCGGCAGGCGGAGCACCGCAUCGAUCGCCACACGCUGAGACUGGGCAUCAAGGACACUAUGAGAUACAUUCUGGUGGAUUGGCUGGUGGAGGUCACCACCAUGAAGGACUUCUCCAGCCUGACUCUGCACGUGACGGUGGGCUGCGUGAACCGAUACUUGGCGCUGCGCUCCGUCCCUAAAGUUCGUCUACAGCUGCUGGGAAUCGCCUGCAUGGUGGUUUGUACGCGAUACAUCAGUAAGGAUAUCCUUACUAUAAGAGAAGCGGUGUGGCUCACCGACAAUACCUACAAGUAUGAGGACCUGGUCCGAAUGAUGGGGGAGGUCGUUUCCGUGCUGGAGGGGAAAAUCAGAUGCCCAACACUGCUGGACUACGGCGGGGUGCUGCUAUCCCUCCUGCCCCUGGAGCGGCGGAGCGCUCACCUCUUCAGCUACAUCUGCGAGCUGUCCCUGCUGCACUCGGUCCUGGCGGCUCCGCCUGCCGCCAAGCUGGCAUGCGCCAUCCUACUGCUCACCAGAGCCAUGCAUCACUACGCUCCCGUAUGGCCCAGUCAUUUGGCGGACUACACGGGCUUCUCCAAGCAAGACCUGUGCCAGCUUGCCGUGCUCGUCUUUGUCAAGUGUUUCAGCCCAGACAUACUCAUAGAUUACCGACUCGUGUGUCUGACCGGCGUCAAGCAGCGCUUCGAAGAUGACGUCUACCAGCGCAUCAGCAGCGAGAAAGUGAUGGGUUUUACGGAGCUGUGUCACAUCCUUGAAAUUCCCGAAACGGUGCCCGAGACGGAGCCUCCGAGCCCUACCGGCCAACCCGCGGACAUCCACGCCUUUCUCGCUUCGCCUUCCGGCUCAAGUAAAAGGAGGCGAGACGACGGCACGCGGGCCGACGGGGGCGGGCGGGUGUCCACUCCCACCGCCGAGCUGUCCAAUCAGGAGCAGACGUUGCUGGUGGAAAUCCUGGACUGGAGUCUGGAUUCCUCCUCAGGCUAUGAGGGCGAUCGAGAGGAGAGCGAGGGCGAGAAAGAUGGAGAUCAUUCAGUGACAUCCAUCAAAAUUGAAGCCGGCACGGCCAACUCGUGUCGAGACAAUUGCCGAGCGCUAUCCAGCGACGAAGAAGUCUCGGGCCUGCCCGAAAGAGAGCGGACCCAUCGUCCCAAAAAGCGGGAGGGCCUUUUCUUCUCCAAGGACCUUCACACUUCGGGCUAUUCAUCAGUGCAGAGCACCAGUUCCUCGUCGUCGUCUUCCUCGUCCUCUUCUCUCGUCCCGUGCUCGCUCCAAACUCUCCCCGCCGCUUCGGCAGACGCCUCCGCUCCGUCCCGACCGGGUUUCCGCCUUUUGGUUCCCGUGCAGCGGGCCCGCGGCCACUCCGGCAAGCAGGUAAAGCGUAAGAACUCGGCGGCGCACGGCGAGCCGGCGAAAGAAGAGGAGCCGGCUUUUUGCCUUCCAUAG